CAACUGAACCGUCUGAGAAAAGCCAUUUUGUUGUGCUAGCUAGCUUCAUGGUGAAAAAAAGCCAGCAGUAAUAUGGGUUUGUUAUGUCAGCGCUAACUAUGCCGCUUUUAGGGGUUUGUUUACUGUCGCAAAAUACAGUAAUUAAACUCGUGGAAGCCUGUAAGUAGUGGACAGGGACAUGGACUAGCCUGUAAAGCUACAGCUUCUGGGGAGAAGACGCAAACUGCUCGCUGAAGUGUGCUGCAGGUUCAGAUAACAUAAUGUUAGCUAGCAGUGUGUUUACUUAGCUGGAUGUAGUUAUGUUCUCGGAUUAAUUCAUCUCCCGUUAAGUCACUUUUUUGCCUGUGAAUGUGUUUUAAAUAGGCUAGCGAGUGCCUGUGCUGUCAACCAAAGACAAGUAGCUCAAUAAAGAGGGAGUGCCGCUGACAGCGAAUAAAAACAGCCCCAGCAGUAAGUUAGCAAAACAGUUGAACUAUACAGCGUUAAGCCAAAGCGCUAAUCUGAUAAUGGCAGAGGACACCCGACAGGACAAGAGGGCCAGCUUCACUGCUAUAACGGAGCACAGCGCCAACGGGAUGGCCAGGACCUCCGCUGUGGCCUCAGGCAAAACCGGCACGUCAAAGAAACUAGUGAUCAAAAAUUUCAAAGAUAGGCCAAAACUAGCAGAGAACUACACUGAGGACACGUGGCUGAAGCUGAGAGAUGCGGUGGGUGCCAUCCAGAACAGCACCUCCAUCAAGUACAACCUGGAGGAGCUCUAUCAGGCAGUGGAGAACCUGUGCUCGUAUAAAGUCUCCCCGACUCUGUACAAGCAGCUACGGCAAGUCUGUGAAGAUCAUGUGCAGGCCCAGAUCCACCAGUUCAGAGAAGAGUCUUUGGACAACCUUUCCUUCCUGAAGCGAAUGAAUCGUUGCUGGCAGGACCACUGUAGGCAAACUAUUAUGAUCCGGAGCAUCUUUCUCUUCCUGGAUCGUACCUAUGUGCUUCAGAACUCUCUGCUACCCUCCAUCUGGGACACUGGUUUGGAGCUGUUUCGCACCCACAUUGUGAGCGACAGUGCCGUUCAGAAGCGAACAGUGGAGGGCAUUUUGGAGCAGAUUGAACUGGAGCGAAAUGGAGAGACUGUAGACCGCAGUCUGCUUCGGAGCCUGUUGGGCAUGCUGUCAGACCUGCAGGUUUACAAAGACUCCUUUGAGGAGAGAUUUUUGACUGAGACCAAUCGUCUGUAUGCAGCAGAGGGACAGCGUCUGAUGCAGGAGAGAGAUGUACCUGAGUAUUUACACCAUGUGGCUCGUCGGUUGGAGGAGGAGAAUGAUCGAAUCGUGAGCUACCUCGACCAGAGCACUCAGAAACCUCUCAUUAGCUGUGUUGAGAAGCAGCUUUUAGGAGAACAUAUGACUGCAAUACUGCAAAAGGGUCUGAGCACUCUGAUGGAUGAGAAUCGUGUGACUGAGCUCGCCCUCCUCUACCAGCUCUUCAGCAAAGUGAAGGGAGGACUUCCCACACUGCUGCAGUUCUGGAGGGAUUACAUCAAGUCCUUUGGAGGAGAGAUUGUCUGUACUCCAGAGAAAGAUAAAGACAUGGUACAAGACCUGCUGGACUUCAAAGACAAGAUGGACAAUGUAGCACAGAGCUGCUUUGCACGCAAUGAGAGCUUCAUCAAUGCCAUGAAGGAGGCAUUUGAAACUUUCAUCAACAAGAGGCCCAACAAGCCUGCAGAGCUUAUCGCGAAAUAUGUGGAUUCUAAGUUAAGAGCUGGGAACAAGGAGGCUACAGAGGAGGAGCUAGAGAGAAUACUGGACAAGAUAAUGAUAAUAUUCCGCUUCAUACACGGAAAAGAUGUGUUUGAAGCUUUUUAUAAGAAGGACUUGGCCAAGCGUCUGCUGGUUGGCAAGAGUGCUUCUGUUGAUGCUGAGAAGUCCAUGCUCUCCAAGCUCAAACACGAAUGUGGAGCGGCAUUUACCAGCAAGCUUGAGGGGAUGUUCAAGGACAUGGAGCUGUCCAAAGACAUCAUGAUCCAGUUCAAACAGUAUAUGCAGAACCAGAGUGAGCCAAGCAACAUAGAACUUACUGUGAACAUCCUCACUAUGGGCUACUGGCCUUCAUACACUCCCAUGGAGGUCCACCUGCCCCCGGAGAUGGUAAAACUGCAGGAGGUGUUCAAGCUAUUCUACCUGGGUAAACACAGUGGAAGGAAGCUGCAGUGGCAGCCCACGCUGGGCCAUGCUGUACUAAAGGCAGAGUUUAAAGAGGGCAAGAAGGAGCUGCAGGUCUCCCUGUUCCAGACACUGGUGCUGCUCAUGUUUAAUGAGGGAGAGGAGUUCAGCAUGGAGGAGAUUCGUGCUGCCACUGGCAUAGAGGAGGGAGAGCUCAGGCGUACGCUGCAGUCGCUGGCCUGUGGAAAAGCACGCGUCCUCAACAAGAACCCUCGAGGGAAAGACGUGGAGGACGGAGACCGUUUCAAUUUCAACAAUGAUUUUAAACACAAACUGUUCCGCAUCAAGAUUAACCAGAUCCAAAUGAAGGAAACGGUAGAGGAGCAGGUGAGCACCACGGAGCGCGUGUUUCAGGACAGACAGUAUCAGAUCGAUGCAGCUGUGGUACGCAUCAUGAAGAUGAGGAAGACCCUCAGUCACAACCUACUGGUAUCAGAGCUCUACAACCAGCUGAAGUUCCCUGUAAAGCCGGGUGAUCUAAAGAAGCGGAUCGAGUCGCUCAUAGACAGAGACUACAUGGAACGUGACAAGGAGACUCCUAACCAGUAUCACUAUGUUGCCUGACGGGGUACCACUGUCACCGCCGUGCUUCUUUCACAGCAAGCGUACAGCUGGCCCCCCAGCACAGGACUACAGCCCCUCAGCCACCCGACUCUCCUCUGGUGCCCAUCUUUCCCUCCGUCCGCAAUCCUGGACACAAGGUCCAGAUGACAGAGAGCUCCAGAGAGACGAGAGACACUUGGCUGUGCUGCUCCCAUUCUGCAAUAUCUUUAGUGGGACUCUAAGAUUGGGCUGGAGGAGUGGCCCAGGUUGUUGAUGGUUGAUUUAUGUGACUUGCAAAUCUGCUAAUGCAACACACAACAGAAAAUAACUAGCACUUUCCUCUUUUUUUUUUUUUUUUUUUUUUUUUUCUUUUUGGAUUGGGUUAUUUUCCUUCGUGUCAUUCUAUUAUCACUUAUUUUCUACUAUAGUUGGUUUGUCUUGAGUUUUAAGGUUUCUCUUUUUUUUUUUUUUUUUUUUUUGUUCAAGAUGUUUUCCUUAUGGACAGCUGCAUAAACUGCUGAGUAUAAACUUGAUUGGCUUGUUACUUGACACAGCUGUUGAGGAUGAGAACAGUAAAGAGCACAGAUGCUAAAAUGUAUGCAGGCAAGCUGCUCGUGUAUUACUUUUGGCAUCUUUGUAUUUGUUUUGACCAAAAUGUCCACUGUCACGUGCUGAUGUUUUCGUAGGUCAGAUUGUAUUCUGUGUAGGAGUGCAGAAAGUGAAGCUGAAUAAAUGGAUAUUUAAUGA